UAACAUCAUCAUCAUCAUCAUAUCAGCGUCCUUGAUAUCAGACACAAGCAAGACGUCCACUUUGGACAUAGGCCUGCCCACCUCCCCCAAUAACCGUUACUGUUUGCUAAUUUAUUUUAAAAUGUCACCAAAAAGAAAUAAUACCUCCAUGUCUUUUGUGGCAUUCGAUCCGUGACAUUUUUUGUCAACAACGUCACAUAUACGUCGUAUGAAUAUUAUUCUCUGAAGUAACAAUCGAAGUUCUAAUAAAAUAAAGAAUUAUAAAAGUCUAUACAUUUAUUUGGUUCAAAUAAAAAUGGCCGGUAAAGGUACGGACCGAAAGACCAAAUUAAAAGACUUGAAGGGUAUCGGUGAAUCCAAUGAUACAGCAGCGUUCACAUUACCUGACAGCCUCCCUUGCUCUGAAGUUGAUUUCCCAAUACUGAUUAAGAGAAAGCCGAGAGCGAACUGGAAUGAUAUCAUCGACGAAAGUAACAAAUGGCACAAACAAUUGGAAGAAUUUAGCCAGAAUAAACUAGUACCUGUACCGAAAUCACCGUUCCUUAGAACUGAAACCGAUUAUAUUAAAAAUGAAGUAUUUGUGCAACUCAUACCCGCCUUAGUGGAGACUCUCAAUAAAGCCAAGAUCUGGGAAGCGUUUACUAGAGACAAAUGUUUCUUCAAUGGAAUAGACCACAUCGUUCAGGUACUCUGGAACAAUAACCCUCGCUUCCCGGGACGCAAGGAUGUGAAUUUGCAUUUGUUCAACAUGCCGUGGGUUAGAAAGGCUCUUAAGAUGAAUCCUCGUCCUUAUUACCCAAAGUCCUGGUUAUGGCCGGAGGAAUACGCUGCCACUCUCAUACAAAAAACUGUGCGCCAGUACUUUAUACAGAGACAAGAAGAAGUGCAAGAAAUGCGCGACUUUUGGAAGAAACUCGAAGUGGAACGCCAGAUUCCCGACAUGGAGUUCAAUCCUUUUUUGGCCAAGGCGUUUGCAUCAGCAUCGCAUAUGAAAAAAUUAUAAUUCCCACUUGCAAGGUAACAAGAAAAGUAUGGAGGAACAGCAUUCCAAUAAUAAUGGAUGGCAAAUUAAUGUGAACUGUGUACAUCUAUUUUAAUUAUUAUAUAAGGUGAAGAUUUUGGUUUCAAUAUCAUUAUUAAUUUUGACUGUCGCAAAUCUUAAAUCAAAUAGAUCUAAUUUUUCAAAGGUUAAUAACAAUAUAAAAUAUUACAUAAUUACCUAUUUGCCAGAUUGUUAAGCAAAGAUAUAAACACUAUAUUAGACAUAACAACAGCCCCUGAAAGGGAAGGUAGAGGUGCAUAGUG